GAUUUGAUGAAUUGCAGGGCAUUUCGGGUAUAUCAGAGAUUACCGGUGAUUUUGAGUUGGAUAUAAUGUACAGUGAAAUAUGGCAAGAUCCAAGGCUCAGUUUCAAGCAUUUGAAUGUGUGCGCGACAAAUAUCACUCUCAAAAGUGAUUUCCGUAAGAAGAUUUGGACACCAGACACGUGUAUCAUAAACAGUAAAGACUCAUCAAUACACAGCUCACCAUCGGAGAAUACGUUCGUGAUUCUCUACGAGCAUGGUUUGCUGUGGAGUAAUUUCAGAUUGAAUGUGAAGGCACCAUGCAAAAUGGAUCUGAAAAUGUUUCCAUUUGAUUCAAUUCAAUGUCAACUUGUCUUUGAAAGUUAUUCAUUCAAUACUGAUGAGGUUCGUCUCCUAUGGCACGAUAUUCCAGUCACAAUGAUGGAGAGGGUUGAGUUACCGGAUUUUGAUUUAAUCGGUUGGGGUACUGAUCACCAAAGACUCGAAUAUCCAAACGGUGUUUGGGACAGAGCACAAGUAAAAUUCACAUUUGCUCGUCGAUAUGGAUUCUACUUGUUUCAAUCGUACUUCCCAACUUCGCUCACAGUUAUCAGCUCUUGGGUUGGCUUCUUCUUUGAUGUGCGCUCUGUAUCAGCAAGAAUUACAUUGGGUGUUUCAUCUUUACUUGCGUUAACGUUCCAAUUUGGUAAUGUUUUACGCCAUCUACCUCGUGUUAGUUAUAUUAAGGUCAGUUGCACUCACAUCUUAUUGAUCGUGAGCACUUUUCGUUGA